CUUCGCAUAGCAGGCCACAGAGAAUCUUAGUGGCUAAGAAACACGACGUCGUCUUCUUCUUCCUACUUCCUCGUAAUCCUUUUCGUUCUCUUACUUACCAUCUCAUCUCUCGUCUCACGAAAGAAAAGCAUGAGGAAUUGUUGUCUUCGUUCAUGAAGAGAGAAAAUAUCUACUUUUUUUAUCUCUCCUCUUCUUCUCUUCUGCAACCACUCAUACUUCAUUUAACAAGCUAAAGAGGAAUCGAAGCAAGCAGCUAUGGUGUAUUCAUCUCUACCCAUCUAUCUCGAUCUACCCAACUGGAGCCAGCAAACAUCCCACCAGCCACCAAGUACGGCAGCCAUGAGCCAACCCGCUCAGCUUCCCUCCAUGAUGGCCGAUCCACCUCCCCUUCCCAUUGGUCUCCCAGGUCAGACCCGCCCGGUCUCCAUGGCCGAACGAGCUCGUCUAGCAAAAAUUCCCCAACCUGAACCAGCCCUCAAGUGCCCUCGCUGUGAAUCCAGCAACACCAAAUUCUGCUACUUCAACAACUACUCUCUCUCCCAACCACGACAUUUCUGCAAGACUUGCCGGCGCUACUGGACUCGUGGUGGAGCCCUUCGUAACGUCCCCGUUGGCGGCUGCCGCCGCAACAAGAGAACCAAAGCUGGCUCCACUUCAUCCAAAUCCACCUUUUCAACCAGUGGUUCAUCCUCCUCCGCCUCUGCUAGCAUGAGCUCAACAACCAUCCUUCCUCCGCCACCCCCUCAACUCCCUUUCAUGACGCACUUUCAACCACUCGGCGACUACUCCGCCACUAAUAUAGGACUUGGUUUUACUGGAAUCCAUCAAUUGGAUUCAGUUGAUUACCAAAUUGGGAGUAGCGGCGGUGGAGUUGGUCUUGAGCAGUGGAGGCUGCAGCAGAUGCAUCAGUUCCCAUUCAUGGGUGGGGUUGAUGUCUCCUCCGCGGCUCCAGCGGCAGGCACCGGGCUUUUUCCAUUUGAUCAAAAUGAUAAUGGUUUUCCAAGCGGUAGGAUGCUCACUAAAGCUUCAAGCUCUGGGAUUAUUUCUCAACUCGCUUCUGUCAAGAUGGAGGAUAGUUCUCACGGAAUUAAUUUACAAAGGCAGUACUUGGGUGUUACUGGGAAUGAUCAGUAUUGGGAUGGAAAUGGUGCUGGUGGUGGUGAUGGCGGUGUCGGUAAUGGCGGCGGAAGUGGAUGGCUGGGAGAUCUGUCGGGUUUCAAUUCCUCAUCUUCUGGCAAUAUAUUGUGAUUUGUGAGUUCAUUUACAACCCAAGAAGCAUUGCAAUUCUACUGAUUUGCUUCGAACCUUAAGGCUGUGGUGAUACUCGGGAAGAGAACUUUACAAGUUUAUGAUCAAGUAUAACUAUACCAUGAUCAUGGUAGGUUUCUUCAUUUUGAGUUUCUUCGGGUGGUGUUUAAUUUAGCUCUUUCUCGUUUUCUUUUUUUUUAUUCCUUUUGCAGUAGUCCUCAUAGGAUGGUUACUGAAUGUGGUGCACGAGUUCAUGGAGUCUGAACUUUAUAUAUAUAUAUAUAUGAAUCAUCUUAGGAGAACUACAAAUAUGCAUGGUCGAAAUUAGGAUCAAUAUUGUGUUUCAAUUUGUUAUAUGAUUAAGUUCCAGUAUGCUUCCUGUACCUAAGAUCACAGUUAAC